AUGUCCGUCACAAAGGCCUCAGUCGUGGAAGAAGCCGGCGUCUCUUCGAUGCCGGCGAAGAAGAGCUUCGGUGCACGAGUAGCAGCCCACUUUAAGAAAUGGUGGUGGGCGCAUUUGAUCGCUUUUAUUAUUGCGCUUUUGGUUAUCAUCCUGCCAGUCGUCUAUGUCGGAUACCCUAAGAUUGCCCAAGAUGCUGUCAAUGAUUCGACUCUUGAUAUCAAGCAGAUGGUGAUCAGUGAUCCAACUCCGGAAACUUUCCACCUCAACCAGACACAGAUUCUCGGCUCUAAGAGCUCCUAUCACCCACAGAUCUAUGAAUUCGAUGCAGAGGUCUCUUUGGGCGGCGCAGAUGCACCUUUUGCGAUGGUGACUGUUCCCGGCGUCAAGUCGAAUGACGGUGCAGAGAUUCACGUGGAUCAACACGUGGAUUUAUCUGAUUCCGAUGCCUUCGGCGACUUUGCUACCGCUGUUAUGAUGAACAAGGAGGUCUCGCUGAAUAUUUACGGCCGACCUGGAUUGAAGGAGGGAAGUCUGCCUAAGACCACAGUCACCUACAACAAGACUGUUUCUAUGAAGGGCCUAAACCAACUUGAGGGAUUUGCCGUCUCCGAAUUCCACAUCAUGAUUCCCUCCGUCAACGGAUACAACAUGAAUGGAACGGUCUUCAUCCCCAACCCCUCCGUCAUGACAAUCACCAUGGUAUUUCUCCUUUUUCCAACCAAUGUGUUUAAGAUACUAACAAAUCAGGGAAAUCUAUCACUCAGCUUAGCCGUGGACGGCAAAUCGAUGGGUACAACCUAUUUGAACGACCUAGUACUCAAGCCAGGCGACAACAAUGUUCCCAUGCUUGCGAAAGUAGACCAAGCCGCAGUGAUUGGCCUGCUCACUUCAAGCGACAAUCCGUACAAAGACGGGAUUGUGCCGUUCGAUAUUUCUGGAAAGUCCAGCUCAUACAAUGGCAAGGAGCUUCCCUACUUCACCAAGGCUCUGUCGGCAAAUAAACUAACCGUCAAGUUGGAUGUUGGUGCUGCGUUGAAGGAGAUCGGGUUGAAUUUGAUCAAGUCGGCUCUAGGUGCUUAG